CGUGAGCGGACCGCGGGUUCUGGGGACCCCUACCGCGUUACCUCGCCCUUUUCUCCUCCGCGCCUGAGCAGGCUCGCAGGCUCCUAGUCCCUCCCGUUCCCGUCACCAUCUUCCCGCCGCGGCGCGACUCUCAGGCCAAAAUGAGUCUGUUUGGGACAACUUCGGGUUUUGGAACUGGUGGGACCAGCAUGUUUGGCAGCACAACCACAGAUAAUCACAACCCUAUGAAGGAUAUUGAAGUAACAUCUUCUCCUGAUGAUAGCAUUGGUUGUCUAUCUUUUAGCCCACCAACCUUGACGGGGAACUUUCUUAUUGCAGGAUCGUGGGCUAAUGAUGUUCGCUGCUGGGAAGUUCAAGACAGUGGACAAACCAUUCCAAAAGCCCAGCAGAUGCACACCGGGCCUGUACUAGAUGUCUGCUGGAGUGAUGAUGGGAGCAAAGUAUUUACUGCAUCAUGUGAUAAAACUGCCAAAAUGUGGGACCUCAACAGUAAUCAAGCAAUACAGAUUGCACAGCAUGAUGCACCUGUAAAAACCAUACAUUGGAUCAAAGCUCCAAACUACAGCUGCGUGAUGACCGGGAGCUGGGAUAAGACUUUAAAGUUUUGGGAUACCCGAUCAUCAAAUCCUAUGAUGGUUCUACAACUUCCUGAAAGGUGUUAUUGUGCUGAUGUGAUAUAUCCUAUGGCUGUGGUGGCAACUGCGGAGAGGGGCCUGAUUGUCUAUCAGCUAGAGAAUCAGCCUUCUGAAUUCAGGAGGAUAGACUCUCCACUGAAACAUCAG